CUUCGAAGCUGAGUCACACGGAGCACCAGCCGCGGCGGCCACGGACGGACGGACGGAGCCCCUUCUCACAACCUCGGGAGGCAACACGCGCGGCGGGAGGACGCGGAGAUGCUCGCGUGGGAAGCCGUGCUUUGGGGGCUCUUCUCCCUGGUGUUCAGGACGGCUUGGGGGGAGCCUAUGGCAGCUACUGUAUGCCCUGGAGGCCAGUCCUGGAGUCCAGACUUGGAGAAAUGUAUGGAUUGCGCUGUGUGCCGACUCCAGAAUAAGAAUGACUUCUGCUCUUCAUGUGGAGACCCCCAGCCUCCGGAUACAUUCAAAAUAUGGCUUGUAGUGGGAGUAUCUCUGGGAACUUUCUUUUUGCUGGGCAUCAUCGGUGGUAUCAUCAUUUAUGCCCGCUGCCGGCGGCGAGAAAAAUUCACCACCCCCAUUGAGGAGACUGGAGGCCAUUCAGCUCAGGAAUCACUGAUACACUGAAGAUGUCUUUCUCAACAUUUCAAAAAAGAAGAGAAGUCCAACUUUUCAUUACCUCUGGUAUUUCCUGAAGAAUCCGGAAGGAUUUUUUAAAUCUGCCCUGGAAUUCUAGGGUGUUAACACUUUUUUUUGCACAAAUACACACCCACCUGAAGGAGGGGAAGAGGGCAAGGUGGUGUGAGGGCUUCCUUGUGUACAUUUCAGGAAAAACAAAACAAAAAAGUAUUGCUGGUCCCUUUUGUAAAGGAACAUCAACCUUCUCACUAACGUUUUUUGUUUGUUUGUUUAAUGUUAGUGGAAGCACAAAAGGGGUCUAUUGAGGUCCCCCCAAGGUCUAAUGCCCCAUAUUGGGGUGAUUUAAUUUCAUAGUUGGGGUACCGCUGUGGGGAAAUCUUUCAGCUCCUCAGUCUUCCCUACGAUGGACACUCCUAGUAGGAAGCUCACAGCAACUGUUGGGAUGUUUUUCAGAGGAGUGAUUCAAAACAAAACAUGAAUGUGAUUCCCCCCCCCCAAUUAUAUGUAUAUUGAGAAAUAUAUAGGGUGCUAAGGCACUCUGGAAGAGGAGCAGGGACUAGUUUUCAACUGAGCCUCUUGUCUGAUUUUUCUCUCGUCAGUGGCUGGGCCACUAUGUGAAGAAGAAGAAAACAGGCUAGUACCAUAAUUUAAGUAGAAGCCACACUAACAUUGGUCUUUUCUCCUUCCACUUGCCUGUUCUCGGUGCUCAUAGAGAUAGAGAGAGGCCACUAUUUAUAUCUCCUGCUCUGAGAAGAGAACAUUUAAUGUUUAAGGUGUGUGGUUUUUGGUUUGGUUUGUUUUUUUGGUCAGACAUGAUUAGAAACCAAGAAACAAUAUGUCACAACAUGAAUUAAUGUUUGUGGAUUUAAGCAAAAUAAAAACUAUUAAUUCUUAA